UGGGUGCCGGUUCCCUUGCCCAGCCCGUGUUUGUGAAGCCAGCUCCGCGGCAGCCCGCCCUGAGCGCCUCCCUUCCUGCUGCCCCGGGGGCGCUGCGCCGCGCGGUUGUUUGGCUGCUGCCGCAGCUUUGCUGCUCAGGCGGGCAGGGGGGUGUAGUUGGCGCCGGGUGCCAGGCGCACGCCUCUGCCUGACACGCAGCGAGGGAGAGGCGGAGGAGCAGCUGGAAGGGCCGGUCAGGCGGCGGCUCCGCCGCGGUGCUGGGGAUAAUUAGUGUCUGUGAGUCUGUCUGCCUCCGGGGGGCAGGGUGGGGGGAGCAGUGCGUGCCUGGCUGGGUGUGCGAGCCAGUGACUCGCCCCGGCCCCUCCAGCGCAGCCUCCACCCAGCGGGCUGGGAGCCGCCCUGGCCGCGCUCCCCUCCCUGACCCUCCCCUUACCCCGCCGGCCAAGGGAGCCUGGCAGAGCGAGCGGCGCCGGCGUCAUGUGACAGCGGAGACUAGUGCCAGGAGCCUGGGGGAGCCGAGCGAGCGCCCUCCCCUCGCCCAGAGACGCACGGCCACCGCGGAGCGCACAGCCUCAGCCGCAGGGAGCCGGGACGCGGGCCGGGUGCUUUGCUCUGUUUCACAGCCCCCAUCGCAGGGCUUCGGGCGGCGGCGGAGGCCCCCUGCCCUGCUGAGGGGAGGAAAUAUCGUACUGUUACAUGAAUUCAAGGAUCCGCACUCUUCCAGAUUUAAUGCAGAAAAAUGAGACACUAACAACUUUCCUUGGAUUAAAUGGAAAUACAAAUUGUAAGAAAAUUAUUUCAAGUGAACACACAAGCUAAUAAUUUUGCCCAGGACGACACAGACAUCAGAAGAUUUCACUGAAAAGAUGCUAAUGUUUGAUCCAGUCCCUAUCAAGCAAGAAGCCAUGGAACCUAUUUCAGUGUCAUACCAGUCCAAUUACAUGGACCAAAUGAAGCCAAACAAAUACAGUGUCAUUUAUCCUACCCCAAAUAUGUUGCACAAUAAAUUCUAUCAAACCCCAGAAGGACUAUCUAAUGGAAUCCAAAUGGAGCCAGUUGACCUUACAGUGAAUAAACGAAGCUCACCACAUUCAGCUGGAAGUUCUCCUUCUCCUCUGAAAUUUCAGACUAUACAUAGAAGAGCCUCACCUGGAUUAACUUUGUCCUCACCCAGCCCACCUAUGAAAAAAUUCACCCCACCACCUCCCCCAGGAGUUCAACCUUUUUCCAUGCCAUUAACAAUCCCUCCAGUAAUGGCUGCUCUUUCACGCCCUGGACUUAGGAGCCCUGGGAUACUUCCAAUUAUACAGCCACUUGUGGUCCAACCUGUUCCUUUUAUGUAUGCUCCACAUCUCCAGCAACCUAUAAUGGUGUCUACUGUUCUUCCAGAAGAGUUGGAAAAUCCAAGUAGCAUGCAAGUGCCUGUAAUUGAAUCUUAUGAGAAGCCCACAUUAAAGAAAACAAUCAAAGUAGAACCAGGAAUUGAAUCACCAAGGACCGAGUUCUAUCCUGAACAAAUGUCUCCUCCAAUGAUGACUUCCUUGUCUCCUCAGCAAAUAAUGUUGCAAGAGAAUCACCCUUCAGUUAUAGUUCAGCCGGGAAAGAGACCUUUACCUGUGGAAUCUCCAGACACACAAAGGAAACGCAGAAUACACAGGUGUGAUUACGAAGGUUGCAACAAAGUCUAUACUAAAAGCUCCCACCUAAAAGCUCACAGAAGAACGCAUACAGGUGAAAAGCCAUACAAGUGCACCUGGGAGGGAUGCACGUGGAAGUUUGCUCGUUCUGAUGAACUAACGCGACAUUUCCGUAAACAUACCGGAAUCAAACCCUUCCAGUGCCCGGACUGUGACCGUAGUUUCUCACGCUCGGACCAUCUUGCUCUCCACAGGAAACGCCAUAUGCUAGUCUGAAUGUCUCUUGUCCCUCAGCUGCCCAUCACACUUUCUUUUUUACAUGUGCAUUUUAAUUUGGAUUCAGCUGGUCUGAAUCUCUGCGCUUACACAAUUAAAAGCUUCCAUAUGGUCAGUAAUAGAUGUUAUCUAACCCUGCUAUGUCCUUGCCACGGGUCAGACCUAAAGAAUGUGAACAUUUUUUUUUCUAGGGAUGCUAAGCAAACCCUUCCUGCAGACAGUAUGUGUAAUGUAUUCCUUUGUGAAUAAGGGAAUUUGUAAACUAGCAACUUCGUUGGUUUUGCCAUAUAAUCAGCCAGCAUAAAUUGAUCAACUAGUAAAUGUUAUAGAAUAUCCAGUCCUUGCCAGAGACUUUAUUUACGAGCCCUGCAAAGGAUACACUCUCCUUUUAUGCUCAACAGUGCAAUGAAUGGACUUUCCAACAUUGCUGGUUACAGCAGCAUGUUUAAAGCAACACUUUUAGAAAGACACCUUCUCACUGUAGAAAUCCCCUCUGCCAAGACAGUGAAUGACACUGUAAUAACUAACUAAGCAAAGUACUCUCUUUACAUCAUGAAAGAUUAAGUGAUAGCUGAUCUGGACUAAAUGAAUAAUAAUAUUUGAAGAAGCAUCAGCAGAAAUUGGUGUAUACACAUGAUUGUGCCUCUAAACCAACAUCACCUAUCUUUUGUAUUAUACUGUAGUACAUGAGCUUGUGUUUAUUGCAUGAUGCCUCGGUAGAUUCCUUAAGUGUGUGAUUCCUGUGUGACACUAUCUCUGUUUUGUGUGCAGCCGUAUAGGUGGAACACAUGGUACUCCUAUGACAUGACAUGAAAUGAUUUUCACAGAGACCUACCAUACCUCAUUUCAGGGGUAAAGAUGUAUCCCUCGAUAAUCACUCCCCUGUGUUUCCUGUUCUUUAAAAACUUCAUCAUACCUCAAAAGCAGCAGUUAUCAUAUCAAAAUGCUCAAAACUGUACCACUGGUGGAAGCGAGUGCCAAUUUGAUACACUACAGUAUUUAAAUUUUAGUUCACAAGAUUUUUUUUGAUGGCAAAAGGCUAAAUGGCAUCCAAUAGGAAGCACUUCCUGUGAGAAAUGGAGUUGUGUAAAUGUCUCAAAUGAAGAGAGUAGGCUUGAUAAGCCAUUUAAUGGCUCUGUGAUUUGAUUUGUGGCUCUGUUGGUUUCUUGAUGCUAGGUGGACCAAGAGAUCCCAUGGAUGUGCUUGUUGUAUUAACAAAUUGAGUCAGAAAGGUUCAACUCCCAGUUUCAGUUAACAAAAUAAAAUAAAUACCCAAGUAAAACAACCUCAAGUUUGGUGCUAAAUCUGUUCCAGAACUUUGGAGGUGUUAACUGCAUUAAAAGGGAGGUUCCUGCAUUUAUUGUUGGCUGCUUUUGUGACACCACAAGGAAACAAGAUGUAUUUGUCUAGACUGUUAUGUCCCACAACGUUUUUUGUUCAGUUCAUUAUGCAAAUUAGGUAUAGUUCAUGCAAUAUGAAAAUGUCAUAGUCAAAUUUUCACCUCAUGGAAAAACCCACUGGAAAGGAAAAUAUCUGCAUGCUGCCCUCUAUGGAAAGGAAUUUGAGACCCUGUGACGCAGGAAGUGUUCAUAACCUUAAACACUGGACACCUGGAAAAUCCUGCAUAUCCAAGAGUUGCUGUGCCAGUUUACUCUCUUGGCAGUGUGGUUACAUCUACCUGACAUCCACAGCUGCUCCCCUCUGUCAGCAAAACUGGCAGGAAGGGGAGCGUCUCUAGUAGUAUAACUAUAGGCCAAUGUAUAGACAUUUGGGAGGGUAAAGAAUAAAUGUAUACCUUACAGCUGUCUGAACUUUAAUGCCAAGUGUCAGAGUAAUGGGAUAUUUUCACUUAUUGUACAGAAAAGUGUAAAGGGUGCUUCUGACAUAAAAUAUGAAGUAUUUUCCCUGCUCUAAAAUUAACAUUCAUAUACUAACGUAUGGAACUGGACAUCCAUUUAUCUAAGGCAGCGGUUCUCAACCAGGGGCCUGGGGCCCCCUGGGGGUCCAUGAGCAGGUUUCAGGGGUUCCCCCAAGCAG